AUGUCACUACUGUUUGUUAUUUUGUAUUUGAGUAUAUUCAAUAACAGAUUGGUCGAAAAUGUGACUGUACAACAAUCUUCAAUCAACGAUAAGAGUAAUAAAAAUUCUGCACAAAGGAAAGGUGAAUUUAUUGUUGGUGAAAAAUUCCGAGUUCAAGUGGUUUUGAGUGAAGAUUUAGAAAAUCUUUUAUUGUUUGAUGAAUUCAACGUAAGCAAUUUAUAA